CCCACCAGCAGUACGGAAAACAACGUGAGGAGACCCUGAAUAUCAAUUGGCAUAGUCACGAUCGUUGCCAAAUCGUUGGGUCGGCCUCACAAGUGCUCCAAACUCGAGGAUCGUCUGAACCCGGGUCCAGUACUGCAAGUCUCCGGGCCGCGCUCCCGCCGAACGUUCCGAGCCGGAAAGCCCUCAGUGACGGCGCCACCGAGUCAAAGAUCGCCCAGAGCGAUCGAAACUGUGAACGUUCCUAAGUGUUCUUGCCAUCAUUGCGUCAACGAUGGUGUGCCGUGGCUGCAGAGGUAGCCCACGUAGGGUCCCCCCUCAGGGAAGCCAGAAGUGAGCUCUCGAUGCAACGCGCUGCCGUCAGUGAGAGUGCGUGGAACACCGAGCGCAUUUAUUGUUGAGGUCAACAUCUGAUGCCAAUUAUCCAUCGAGGACCCGCCGCCAAUAAACAGCGAGCAGCAUGUCUCAACCGGUCCCAAAGAGCAAGUUCUUCGGUGAUAUCUUCCCCACGAGGUUCUCGGCGCUCAUUUUCGUAGGCUACAUCGUUUUCUUCAUAGCCCAAUCAAUUCUGGUCAAAGCUUCACAAACGAACCGUUCCUACUCGUACAAUGUUACGUGCGUGGUUAUGCUGACGGAGCUCCUAAAACUUGUGUUGUCGACAGUCUUGUAUCUGAAGGAUCAUAACUUCCCAACGUUAUGCUGUGAGGUUUCCAAGUACCGCAAGGUUUUACUCUUGUAUUUCGUGCCAGCACUGCUCUACUGCUUCUACAACAACCUGGCCUUCCGAAAUCUGCAACAUUUCGACCCGACAACAUAUAACUUGCUAAUGCAAUUCCGGGUGGUAAUAACGGGAAUCGUCUUCCAAGUGCUCUUCGAGAAACGUCUCUCAGGACAACAGUGGUUCUCGCUGUGCUUGCUGACAUUCGGCUGCAUAAUCAAGCAGUUUAGCGUCACCGGUGAAUCGACUCAGGCGUCCGAUAUGCUGUGCUCCUGUCUAGCAGGGGUCUACAACGAGUUCCUGCUGAAAGACACUGGGGCCGACCUGCACAUCAUGAUCCACAACCUAUUCAUGUAUCUUGACUCGAUCGUAUGCAAUCUCGUAGUGUUGGCAUGGAACGGACAGACGAGCGAGCUCGUCAACGCCGAAUCCUUGAGACACAUAUUCGGGGAACCGAUUGUACUGCUAAUUAUCGCCAACGGGGCCUUGUGCGGGAUCAUCGUGUCGGUGUUCCUCCGCAAUCUCAACUCGAUCCUAAAGACAUUCGCCGGUGCACUAGACUUAUCGUUCACGGCAGUAUUGUGUUGGUUUAUAUUCUCAAUACCCAUCGACAUGCCGACGAUCGUGGCCAUAAGCAUAGUGUCGAUAGCGACUUAUUUAUACUCGCAAAAUCCUGUCGUCAACAAAGUCAAAGAGACCAAACCGAAAUCUACAUCCGAUAUUGACCUCAAGGAUAAACUCCUCGUUUCGCCCGUAUGACUAGCGGAGCGGACGCGAGUCAGGCGGAAGUAAGACCAAAAUGUGACAUACCGUAUAUUGAGAGGGGACCAGACGAACCGUUCGUCCGGUUCCAUCUCUGAGAAGUGCCUAGGACUAAUAUUUAUUCGGGGCCCGGAGUCAGUGCGUCAUCAAAGACAAGGCUGCCGUCCUCGCCAACGAAUCCGCGUGCCCCGGUAUCCCGUUCCUCAUAAUUUCUGUACAUACUCCAUACAGAUAUAGAAUAUUCCUACCCGUGAUACA